AUGCCAUUUGGCCAAGUUUGGGUGUUAGCAUGAUGCUAACUGUAUGCUAUCUCAUGUAGGAAGUUGACGGACAAGCCAUAUGUUGCCCAAUUAAAUAGUUAUCCUUUAACCCUUUCCCUUCUAGAUUUCCUACCAUGGCAGUGGGGAGGGAGCGGAGAGUGACGAUUCCGAGGGGGAGAACCAAGAGCUUGCACAGAUUGACAGAGGUAUGUGGCCCGCCCGCUCAAACCAACCCAAGUCUUCAAUGCUCUUCGUUUUUACAUGGAUGUGGGGAGGGUCAUUAAGCAGAUAAAGCAACUUUCAGUUUACACAGUAUAGAAGUAGACAUGCUUGUCGCCAUCUCUGCCUCUUCACCUUUGACCUGUGCUCUUGGUCACCCCCCUCAGAGAGGCGGCGGAACUGCAGCCUCACCCCUCUGGCCACCAGCCAGCAGCACAAUCAGGGUCCCCUAUCUCCGGCACGCCUCCGUCACCUACGCCUCCUUCUAGACCCGACUCUGGACCGCCACUCGUCCGAAGAAGAGCUGGAGCGAAUCAGCCACGGUGUUGGAGACAGCAGAAAGUGGAUGCUGAAACAUCGCCACGGCGACCACCACAGCAGUGCCUCCAGCGACGAGGAGGUGCGGGACCUGUGUGGCUGCGUCCCGGUGGCAGCAUCCUUGGAGCCUGGGACUUGCCUGGCGGCUUCCACCAGCCCGGUGCACUUUAGCUCUAGCCCGCCUCGCAGCCUAAAGCCACCGCCUCCAAUUUGGCUCCAGUUCCAGGUGGUGCAGCCUGCUGCCAGGCCCAUCAUCUUGACCCACUUCGACCAGUCGGCGGCUCCCUAUAGGAAACACAGGCACAGCUACGGGGGAGAGCCGGGGAGGCCGAGUCUGGACCUGGAGAAAAUGCAACAGGUUAGCGUCAUUUACGUUGCGUCUACUGUUCUUAAAUAG